CUUGGACCUGGCCUCCAAUUUCAAGGGGGGAAGGGGAAGCUAGUGCUAAAAAUAGAGUUUUUUAGCAAUGGCAAGUGACCUCCAUGGGUGAAACACUGGCAUCUGAUCUCACCGCUAAUUUCUUUUUUUCUUUUUGUUUACUACUCCUACUACUACUACUAGUACUAUACCAACAGAUCCUGCAUGGCCUGUCGCCUCCCGUGGACCGUCUGGUCGUCUACCUAUGAAUGGCUUCCGACAGGUGCAGGCGCUGAGCUUACUUGGGCUGCCUGGUCCGGCGCCCCAGCCCGGCACCCGCGCGCCCCAGUUGGCCGUGUCAGUUCAACCACCACCAACCCCUGCGCUUUAAUGCGAGAGCACCAUCAAUUCACUCACUCGCCUCGCCUCGCCUCACCCUUCUUUACCACCACCACCACCUUCCCUCGCCCAGACUCCUGAGCCGCUGCCUCCCCGUCCACGCGCUGCUACAGCCUUCAUCCUCCCGGAGAGAUGGGCGCCGCGGCGCGGUCGGCAUUGGCGUCGGCCGGCCGUGCGGCGAACGAGGCCGUGAGCCUCUUGGUGUUCGUGCUGCUGGACGCGCUGGAGGUGCUGCUCUGCGUCGUGUACAAGGUGGCGGACUACGUGGCGGAGGGCGCGUGGCGGCCCUGCUACUGCUCGCGCUCGGCCCCGGCGGCGGCGGCCGCGGGGGCCACGGGCAAGAUCGUCGUGUCGGAGCGGGGCGGCUCCAAGGUCGUCAGCAUGCUGUCGUCCACGAAGUUGCACCUCGAGGACAUCUCCGACACGCUCUACGAGCGGCCCUCCGUGCUCGCCUGCGCGGCGGCGUCCGCGUCCGCGUCCGCGUCCGGGUCCGGCGCCUCCAAGCGGCGCCCGGCGGGGGUUGCCGUGCACUCGGCCAUCGUGCAGAUGCUGCGGGGCAAGAUCGGCGUCGGCGGCGGCAAGCACAGGCCGUACCCGUCGCCGCGGUGGUCCGACUGCCACUGCGCCAACUGCAACCCCGCGGACACGGGCCGCCUCUUCGUCCACGUCGAGGCGCCGCAAGGCGGCGUCGGCGGCGGCGCGGCGCCGGAGGAGGACGUGCUGUUCAUCCACGGGUUCAUCUCGUCGUCGGGGUUCUGGACGGAGACGGUGCUCCCGCACGUGAGCCCCUCGGCGCGGUCCCGGCGGCGGCUGUUCGCCGUGGACCUCCUCGGGUUCGGGCGCAGCCCCAAGCCGGCGGACUCGCUGUACACGCUGCGGGAGCACGUGGAGAUGAUCGAGCGCUCCGUGAUCGAGCGCCACGGGGUGCGGUCCUUCCACAUCGUGGCGCACUCGCUGGGCUCCAUCCUCGCGCUCGCCCUCGCCGUCAAGUACCCCGCCGCGGUCAGGUCGCUCACCCUCGUCGCGCCGCCCUACUUCCCGGUGCCGCGCGGCGAGGUCGGGACGCAGUACGUGCUCCGGACGGUGGCGCCGCGGCGGGUGUGGCCGCCGAUCGCGUUCGGCGCCUCGGUGGCGUGCUGGUACGAGCAUCUCAGCCGCACCGUCAGCAUCGUGCUCUGCAAGCACCACCGCCUCUGGGAGCUCGCCUUCCGCGUCUUCACCCUCUACAGGGUCCGGACCUACCUCAUGGACGGCUUCUUCUGCCACACCCACAUCGCGUCGUGGCACACGCUCCACAACAUCAUCUGCGGCAGCGCCGGCAAGAUCGACAAAUGCCUGGAGGUCGUCCGGGACCAGCUCACCUGCGACGUCACCGUCUACCACGGCGGGGACGACGAGCUCCUCCCCGUGCAGUGCAGCCACGCGGUGAAGGCAAAGGUCCCGCGCGCCCAGGUCAGGGUCAUCGACGGCAAGGACCACGUCACCAUCGUCGUCGGCCGGCAGAAGGACCUGGCCAGGGAACUCGAGGAGAUCUGGGACAGGAGACGCUGAGGAUUAAUAAUCAAGUUUAUAGGACGGAAUCACGGGGAGUGUUAAGAACGCACCUCAGAAUCAGGUUAACAGAAGGGUGGGGUCUUGGAAGAACAUGGCAUGGCUGCAAACUAGCAACAAGUUUCUGGACGGAGGCGACAGGAAGUGUAAGGGCAGAAGGGCUCGAGAGAAAUGUGAAGGUUACCUAAUUACAUUUUACCUUUUUUUUCCUUUCCUUUUCUCCCCCAUUGUAUUUUCUUCUCGUUCUCAAGUUUUCAUAUUGAAGGCUGAGAAAAUUCUUGCCUGGUGCUGUGUAUAACUAUGAUAAAUGACGAGUCGUUUCGGCUGUAA